CAAUUUUCAAAUAUCUGAGGUUAAGAAUAUGGGUCAUAUGCUAUCUGUAAUGUGUGUGUGUGUGUGUUGUAGCUAUGAGAAGAUACAGAAGGAGAACUGUCGGUCAUAUUUCUCUGCCCUGGGCAGAGCAGAUUUCUCCGUUCUUUCCCACGGCCUUGACAAAAAGACCAUCCUGUUCAAUGAUGCAAAGGACUGCCUGGUAAAACAUACACAAUAACAUGUUCAUAGACCAACACUCAAUAUUAGCACUUAAAUAUUACGGAAAACAAGUCACCCAAUCUUUCAAUCAAUUUGUGUCUCAUGAAAUUCCAAUGUUGAAAUAUACAUUUACGGCAUUUAUCAGAUUCCCUUCUACAGAGUGACUUACAUUAGUGCUUUGUGCCCUAUCAAAAACAUAUAUUAAUACGCUAAUUCACUAUGUCUAUGAAUAGGAAGUAAAAAUACCAUUCAGCUGAAACCGUGUUGGUGGUUAGUACAGAAUAAAAAACACGAAUUGGGUCUUGAGUUUUUUUUUUGUUUGAAGACAGCCAGAGUAUGGUAGAGAGUGGUCUGUGAUAAGUGCCUUCAGGUAUGCAUGUGCUUGUCCGUCUUUGUCUUUGUGUUUUAAAACUGAUGCAGUAGCUACAGAAAGCCAGUGGCGGGAGCACAACAUUGGGUUGGUGUGGGAGAAUCUGGAAAGGUUGAAAACGAGUCUGGCAGCUGCACUCUUGAUCAGUUGCAGGGGGCGGGUGAUAUGCAGUUUGCAGGGGCAGAACUGCGACAUUCAGUAGUCCAGUCUCAAGAUGAUGAGGGAAUGAACAAGCACCUGAGUGAGCUUUGUGGAUAGAAAUGGCCUCAAGAUCCUCCUGAUGUUAGCAGUCAGCUUAGCAAUAUGAGUAGUGAAGGACAAUUGAUUGUCCAGAAAUACCCCAAGGUUGAGAUCUGAGAGUUGUCCAAGGAGAUCUAAAGAUCUUGAUGUGGGCAUGCAUCUCCACAACAGCAACACUCUGGCCAACACUCAGUCUUGCUGGGAUUUAGUUUCAGCUGAUGAGCUGCCAUCUACUACAUGCUCUGUUCAGAAAAACGAUUGUCUAAAGGAGGAAAGGAGACAUCAAGUGUCAUCAGCAUAGCACUCAUAUGAUAAUCCACGUCAGCAAAGUUCAAUUCCAACUGUGACAUAGAACAACAAUAGAAUGCUUUUGGGUGGUUCUCAGGAAUUAUACUCAGGUUUGCUGACCUCUAAAUACUGAAAAGAAAGUUUUGGGCAUAGAGGGUGCGGUGAUAGAAAUCGCUCAAACACUCAGGAGACAGUAAACUGUCUUGAGGCAAACGCAACAUUUCAGAGAUCUUGACACUAAACAUUGGAAUCCUCACAAGAACCCCUGUUCUUACAGAUUCUGCGUUUUAAUGUGACACUCCUUCGUGGUUUUUGACAUUGUAGGGUAUAUCUGGUGUGAGCCUGACCAGUUAUCAGGUGGAGAUUCUGGGGAAUAUGGCCUGCACACUGGACCCCUCCUACAUCCAGAACUCUCACCCUCUCAUUUUGGAGAAACUGAAGAACUGUGGAGAUCUUUCUGAUUCUCAGAUCACUGCUGUACAGUCUUUGCUCCUCAGUGGGAACACCGCUUAUGGUAAUCCCUCAACGUGGAAUGAGCAGACCGUGGAGCAACUCAGCAUCCUGGCUGUCUAUUUCAAAUCAGACCUCUGCAACACACUUAGCUUUAAUGUAAGGAGGAAGUUCUUUUCAGUCCUGAGGAAGCAGAAGAUCCCGAUGAAGAAGCUAAGGACAUUCUUUACAGAAUGCAACUCAGAAAGCGCUACAGUGAGCAACAUCACAGCGGUGACAAUUGCAGAUGCGUCGUUUCCUUUCGGCUUUAACUCCACCCAGUUUGAUCUGUAUCUGGACAUCGCUGUCCUGCAGAACAACCUGGCAGCCAUCACUGAGAAAGUGGUGGACACCAGCUUCCAGACCGUCAUUCUGAACAAGUUAAACCAGAUUUACCCAUCAGGCCUUAAUGAUGGUGUGCUGCAGCUACUGGGUUCCGCUUCUCGUGUGGCAACAACUGAUGACAUUAGCAAGUGGAACAUUACCAUAAUUGACACACUGUCCUCUUUGAUGGACUCAAAUGGUGGACUCUGGGAACCAGAAAAGAGUAAAGCGGUGAUUAUGAGGUAUCUGAGCAUGGGGAAUCCCUCUCUGGGAAGUACCGAAAUAAAUGUAGUUGGUUCCAACAUCUGUACUUUAGACAUCAGUGUACUGGAAAGUAUCACUGCUGAGAGUCUGAAGGCAGUCCUGUCUCCAGAUCUGUCCUCAUGUUCCAUUGAGCAGAAAUCUGCUCUGUACAUCAUCGCCAACUCUUCAUUCAGCAAUCAACGCAGCAAUGCCAAAACCUACUACCAACUCAUGAGUCCUUACCUGGGUGGAGCUCCACUGGAGGACAUACAAGCCCUUUCAACUCAUAACAUCAGCAUGGACAUCACCGUGUUCACUAGUCUGAGCUCUGCUGUUCUUAAGGCCCUGAAUGUGAUGACAGCGCAAGCUCUAAUGGGGGUAAAUGUGGCUGACUUGAAGCUGUUUGAGCACUCUUCAGUGGUUCAGUCCUGGGUGUCACAACAGAACCAGUCUGAUUUAGAUAUGCUGAAUAUUGGCAUCAUCAAAACCAACAGCAAUAAUUAUACUGCCAUCAUCAGUACAGCCACUCCUAGUACCAGAACAGCUACUGACACUGCCAUAUCUAGUGUCACCAAUUUUACUACAAUGACUACAAUUAUCAACAUACCUGCCACUACCAACACCAAACUCACCACCACUGCUUUCCCCACUACAAGUUUCAAAAUCACCCCUUCUAUUGGAACAAAUGUCAACACGCCUGCCACUACCAAUACCAUCCUAACCACUACUGCAUCCCCCACUAAAGGUUUUGAAAUCAGCACUUCUGUGGGAACAAAUGUCAACACGCCUGCCACUACCAAUACCAGCCUAACCACCACUGCAUCCCCCACCACAAGAUUUGAAAUCACCCCUUCUAUUGGAACGAAUGUCAACACGCUUGCCAAUACCAAUGCCAGCCUAACCACCACUCACUACUCUUGGAACAACUGUCAACACGCCUGCGACUACCAAUACCAGCCUAACCACCACUACAUCUGCCACUACAAGUUUUGA